AUGAAGUAUUCUCUUGUUCUUUCUUCCCUUGCUACUCUGGCGGCGGCCAUUCCCGCCGUCACCAGAGGUCGUGCUCUUCGCCAACGCGAGCCCAGUGAGAUGCAGCGCUCGCAUUUCAAAAAGCCCUCGAGCAACGCCACCGAGACCCAGUACUCGGGCAACUGGGCCGGUGUUGUCCAGAUUGGCACUGGCUACAACCACGUCCAGGGCACCAUUGUCGUGCCUCAAGUGUCCGGUGACGCCGACAGCGCCGCCUCUGCCUGGAUCGGUAUUGAUGGCGACACCUGCCAGAGCGCCAUUCUACAGACUGGCAUCUCCUUCUACGGCGAUGGCUCAUUCGACGCCUGGUAUGAGUGGAUUCCUGACUACUCGCACAGCUUCAGCGGCUUCGGGGUCAGCGUUGGCGACAGCAUCAAGAUGUACGUUGAUGCGUCCUCCAAGAACGGUGGUGUCGCUGUACUGGAAAACCUAAGCACGGGCCAAAAAGUUCAGCACAAGUUCACCAGCCCUCCUUCAACCCUCUGCGAGACGAAUGCCGAGUGGAUCGUCGAGGACUUCCAGCAGGGCAACAGCCAGGUCCCCUUUGCCAACUUUGGCAGCGUCACAUUCACCGAUGCUUCAGCUUCCGGCAGCCAAGGCACUAUUACACCCAACGGUGGCACUGUCAUCGACCUCCGCACUCAGGAUGGACAGAUUCUGACCGACUGCGGUACCCGCGGCAGCGACGUCUACUGCAACUACACCGGGUAA